AUGCGUCUAGAACAGAGCCUGAGUUAUAAGGUCUUCGCGACAGUCAUGGUGAGCCGAGCUGUGUCCUCAAGAAGCAAAAGCCUGAUAGCGACAGUCGGACUUGAAGUCUGAAACGCCAGAUCCCCAUGAAAACCGCCUCAUCGAUCCUCUAAAAUUGUCCGAAUGCAUAUAGACAUUUUAAAAUGAGUCAUUUUAAGUCAUUUGGACAAAUGCAGGCAUUAGGAGGACAAGUGCAAGUCGAAAUAGUUGACCUCGUAUUCUCCAAACAUUCAAAAAUGGGUCAGAUGUCGUUAUGUAGCCGCAUCUGAAGUGCACAAACCCCAGCCAGCUUUAAUACGGGACCGGUAGCAAUAGGGGUUUUUACAGGUGGAGCCGGGGGACGCACAGGCGAAGAGAUCAAGUAGUUGUAUGCAAAAGGAAAGCUAUUGGGAAUACUCAGUUGUACUUUGAGCGGUUGAGAAAUAGCUGCCCUAACCCUAAGCCCUAACCACUAACCCAAACUUAAACCCCAACCCUAACCUUACCCCUUAACUGCAGCCCUAAACCCUAGCCCUGAAACAUUUAACGCGAAAGUUAGCAGGAGACGACAGACCGAAAGUCAAGAAGGAUCAUUGGCAUUGGGCGGUAUAAGAUAGACACGGCAGCAAAUAAACAAGGCCGCCGACAGAACACGCACCUAUACGUACAGCAACACCAUGCCAACGUAAUCACACCAGCUCAAAAGAAUUAAGUAUGUCAACAGUAUUAUGUCCAGCAGGUGCGGCUACAUAACCACAUCUUACCCAAAAAUGGUCGAAAAAGCCACCAUCAAUACAUUCAGGCCGAUUGCCAACUUCCCUAGUCUCCAAAGUACUGCAGUCAGAACGUACUUUGGAUGCUAACUAAAUUUCAAUGACGAAUGAACUAGCGUCUCAAGUCAAGAGACAACACUUGGGGAACAGUCUCCCACGUCGAUGUACACCGUUUUUUUUUUCUGACACGACAGUCACGGUAUGCAUUAAAAAGGUAGUUUAUUCGAGUUCGCACACAUGAUGGUAUCAAAAUCCGUUUUACCAGCAUGACUGCCUCCCAGGUAGACCACAAGCCGUCUGGGUGAUAUCCGCGACAGGGGGAUGAGAGCGACCUCGCGUCUUCGUUAAUUUAACGAGCGCUGCGACUGAUCUCUGUGACGCUGGUUGCAGUGAGAAGGCGAAAAAUCGAUAAGGCUGCCACCUCAGACCGCCUCAAUGUGCAUCUACUCAUUCACUUGCUCCUGUGGAGCAGGUUAUAUUGGUCGUACGAGUCGGCGCCUUUCCAAAAGAAUACGAGAGCACCUUCCCGCAUGGCUGGCAAAGGGUGAAACUAGGAGAAUAGACAGCGCCAUCCUUGCGCAUGCAGUGGACUCAGGGCAUCGUGUGGACCCCACCGAAGCAUUUCGUGUGAUUUACAAGGUCCCCUCGAGCUACCCUAAGCUACUGGGCCAGCGCCUGCUAGCAACAGCAGAAGCGGCCGCCAUAAGGUUACGAAAACCGACCCUAUGCGCCCAAAAGAACCUUGUUCAGGCUCCGCGCUUACCGUGGUCAAAGGUUGACUAACCACAUGCAACUUUCGGCGCCCUUCCGCUCUUGCCGAGCCUGUAAUUUAAAACCUAACUUUUAUCGAUUUUUGUUUCACUCACUCUACCCCGCCCUAUGUAAUUGUAUUGGCCUGAUGAGAAUUUACCGAAAGGAACGUUCACUCGCCACUCUCUCUUCUGAAAAUCGAUAAGCUUGCAGAUUCAAAAAAUCAAUGCGGAAACAUUGUAGGAUGGCAGAAAGCCUGCCGGUAGCCAUUCGAAGCGGGGACACGAGACUAGAAUGACGCAAGGUAACACUUAGUUUUUUCCUCCAGACUGCCUUUUUGAAACCCUCACCGUCAAUUUUACGCGGGCAGUUCAGCAGUGUCACAAAAUAGGCUUUACUUCGAGUGGCCAGUAGAAUGGCCUGUUAGGGUUUUCAGCCCUCUAGAGAGGUUUGGACUUCAAAUAGGAUAUUCCAUGUAACUUCUAUGCCCUGGCCCCAAUUACAGUAAACAGCAGAUGAACGCAGGAAGGCAUAUAAGCGAAUGGCUAAUACCUGUUCGCAUUUAUUAUACGUAAGGAAUUAGCGUCAUUAAAAGUAACUUAUAGACACCAGUAAGUUAUGGAGGUGUUAAUUGGCCUUCCUGGGGAAGAAAUGAGUCAUUUAGUUAUGUAGAAGACUUGCACCACCAUCAUAGGCAAGUAAAAUGAUUAAAAUGAAACUCAUUAAAAAGUCCCUCGUGAAACGAUUUUUUUUUCUACUUUCAGUCGUCAAAGCCUGUGUGGAUACGGAGACCUCUAACCGCGUAUUUGGCGGUCGUCUUAGUUUACAAAUGGAAUCAACCGAACACCCGGUGUGUAUGUACUCGAUCAGGCCACAACAUUUAGUGAUGUUUUGUUAAUUUUCUGAGGUUCCAUCAAUAACUUACGAUUUACUACUAUUUCCUGUGUAAUUAGGGCGUUCCAGAAAUCCUCGUUGAACUGGUCAAGGCGCUUGAAGAUCGUGGUUUGGAAACUGAAGGCAUCUACCGUGUUCCUGGGCGGGCUUCAAGGCUACAAAACUUCAUUGACUACGUCAACGCUGUAGGUUAGGUCGUUUUGUGUUAUGUCCACCAUCAUCUUUAACAUUAAAAAUUUGGAGAAAAAUCCGUCAACCGAUUGAUUAUCUGAAGGUUAUGACAUGGGUAUUCACUCUUUUAGAAUCCCAGCGUCGUAUCGGGACGCCUGGAGACGGCAGCCGAACCCGAGAUCCUGGACAGCCGCACGAUCUCCUCAGCAAUCAAACGCUUUUUUGCGCUCCUGCCGGAGAGCGUUUUGAAAGCUGAAGAUUUCUCCUCCGUCAUGACUGAAGGGCUGGACGACAAGGAAGCUACAGCGCUGACGCCGGUGAAACUAGCCCGACUACUGGUGGCAAUGCGAACUUCCCUCGAGCGAAAAUUUGAAGCGGUAUGUGCUUUAACUAUCGCAUUUUUUCAUUUAAAGUGUGCUAAAUGGCUAUAAGUAUUUAUCUUAGGUAGAAGAAGGCUCGCUUUACUUGGGUGAUUAAGUGGCUUUUCAGAGGAGAGGAGCGAUUAAUUGCCCUGAUUUAUCGGAAAGGGAAUUGUCAGGUAGAACGUUCUUUCCACUCCUUCCUUUAUCUCUGCAACUGGGCAUGUCUCUUAAUUCUUGUGCUUCGUAACAGGGAUGGAUGUAGGACAAAGAAAUUAAAUUAAUGACAAGCAAAUAUCGCUCAGUUCCAUCGCUUCGGACACGCUAGAGAGGUCGGCGUGGGUAUCGCUCAACGUCCGACAGCGACCAUGCGCAACAAAAUCAUGCGAGUGAAGGACCGAUUAGACGUGGGAGAACAAUCGGGUGUCGUUUAUCAAAUCCCAUGUCGGGACUGCCCUCUCAAUUACACAGGACAGACCGGACGACGACUUAGCUCACGAAUAAUGGAGCGUAAACGGACGGUCCGGAGGGGCGACCCGUUGUCUCAGGUCGCCACUCACCCUGGAGGAAGGCCACGAAUUCAGCUUCGCGAGCGCGCGAAUAGUAGUGCGGGCCAGCAAUAAGACAGGGCGAGAAAUGUUGGAGGCCUGGGUGUCCGACACCAACUCCAUCAACAGACAAGUUGAUAUACCCCCCCUGCUAUCACGUGCUCUGUUCCCGCGGCCAAGAGGCGAGACCCUAUUUUCAGCCAGGCGUGCACACAGUCACGCCGCCGUGAGACGGCGUGGGACUCAGGUUAUCGCGAAUUCCACCCUCUGCACUCAUAUCCCCCCCCUUCAUGGUUUGACUGCAAAAACUGCUCAUUUGGUGCCGAAUUCUCACAGUCACUGACGGUGGUCUUCUGUACAAGACUGAAAGCUCAGACUAAUACACCUACCAUUUCAGAGAUUGUUUUUUCAUCUUCUUCACAGUGUCUCUUGAUUGUUGUGCUUCGUAACAGGGAUGGUUGUAGGACAAAGAAAUUAAAUUAAUGACAGGCAAAGAUCGCUCCGUAAAGCUCGCACGGUUGGAGAUUGUGUGUAGACGCUCCCGUGGGGUGCCAAAAGUCUUGUAGCUCUCCAUUAAAACAAAAAAGUUUAGAGGAAAAAGGGCUGCUGCAAAGAGCAACGAAAGCACACGAGAUAAAGUAGUUAAAGAAAUUGCCAUAUGACAGCUUACGAUAAGACUUUCGGCAGAAAUUUAUUUGUGUUCUGUGUCACCUUGCAUUCCGCCUGCUCUUCGUUCUGCGUAGUGCCCCACCCGUAAAACUCCCUCCACCGCCAUUCAACAUAUGACACGGUCCACAGGCAAACUCAAGUUAGCUGGGGUCUUACACCCUACCGUUGGUGAAUAUAGCUAUUAGGCAACCAUGCACCUAUUCAAAUUAGCAAUUUAUUUCAUUUAUUGCAGGAUUUUGUUUGUGGUGCGACCUAUCCGAGUCGUCAACGGCCGCAGUUUAAUCACGGAUGCCGUCGAUUGGCAAGUGGAGCCUUGUUCCUCGUAGAAUUCGGCCAGCAAAGUAAGCUUUUGUGGCAUGAGGGUGGGACGCAUAGACCUGCCCUUAUAACAGGGCAGGAAUACUCCUUUCUGACUUAUCUUGGAACUGCCCACACAAGCGGUGGCAGUAACUGCCAGUGACCAUUACUCAUUUACAACAAAUAAGCCAGAAAUCCAUUCCGGUAUCCCUGUAUUCGUAGGUAAAUGGUUCUCUAACUUCGUUUGUGCUUUCAUUCGCCAGAGCGAAUUCCGUCACUCUGGCAGGCGACACUGUUCGUUCUCUUCUCAAUGAGACAACGGCAAACCGACCAGGCAUCGCGAAUUCGUUUUUUUGCAGCUGCCUCCCGCGAAACCCGCAUUUUGGGGCAGCUAAACAGUGUCGAGUUGAGUUGGUGAAAACCGUUCUGUUCCCCAGAAAAGGAUCAGCAAUAGUCUAGUCGCGAUAAGAUCAGUACCAUCCGGGGAGAGUUUGCCCACAAUUAUCCUGUCAGUUGCGAUCGGGCAUGCACAGCGGUAGAAGGACACUCAUUGACAGGCCAACGAGCCCCUGACUCAACGGCUAGGGCGUUGGACUUAUAACCAACAGGUCGCGAAGUCGAGCCUCAGGGGUUGCAAAAAACCCGGGGUUUGGUAUGGCCGGCUGAUGGCGGCUUAUAAGCCAGAAACGGUCAGCUCAUCCUCCCUUGUCUUUGUCGGUAAUGUUAUUCUACUCAUACAACUACAAGAUUGAGUCCCGCGGCACAAAGCGGGACGUGUGUUUCCCGCAACCUGAUCGGUGAGCUCCCCUCUACAAUUGUAUAUACUCGAUCGCAGCUGACAGGACAAUCAGCCCGUGGCUCCGUGGUUAGGGCGUUGGACUUUUAAUUACCAGGUUGCGGGAUCGAGCUUCAGGGAUUGCAAAAAACCUAGGGCUGAGUGUGUCUAGCUGAUGACCGCUGUCAGGCCAGAAACGACCACUCAAGUCCCCCCUUGCUAGUAAUGUCAUUCUGAGGAAGAAGACCAGCCUCAGUUAGGAUGACAAAAUUGACUCAUGUUGCCACGUGAGGCAUCGCAGGAACUUAGGAUUUCAUGCAUUUUUCUUCCCAUAUUCUGCGUUCCUGUGACUGACUGGUCCUCGGUAGUGUGAUUGUGAAUGUACGAGUGAGAGCGGGCACGGCCAACAUACAGUACGUGACCGAUCUCAUGAAAUGUUGGCCAAAAUUCUGGAAUGCGUUCCCGAUUAGGAAGGAUUACUUAAAUGGGGUUGUUACACUGAUUAUCGUGCAGAAUAACCCUGUAACAUUUCGGACUCGCCAGGAUGUCGGCUUUUGAAUGCAUUUCUUGUCGAUCUUCUACAGAAACCACAUUUGGUAAAAAAAUGACUACUUAAGUAACAUGCAUUUUCCUAUUGAUUUUCGGUGGUCCUAUAAAUUUAAAUAUAUUUUAUAAAGAACAAGCACAAAAUAUGCGUUCUUUUGCUAAUUUGGCAGGAAAUCACAGUGUAUUCAUAUUUGAUGCCCGAAGAAAGUGUAUAUUUUGGUUUUGAAAAAGUUUCUAAUAGUGAGAUUUUUAAGACCGUGCGAUGUCCACGCAUGCAAGACCGCACAUGUCCGUUUACUAAUGCUCAUCGUGAAAUGUACAAAACAGUCCAGAUCCAUUGCAAAAUUUCAUGAACUCUAUGUGGUAUCUUCUUAAAGGCAUAGAGGAAUAUAUGAUUUCCCUUACGCGGAAAGCAUACACCUUGUAGACUGCAAUUGCUAAACGCUGAUGCAAUGGCAGAUCAGGCUGAAAAUUAUUCGGACAUUGGGAAACUUUUUCAAAACCAAAAUAUACACUUUCUUCGGACGUAAAAUAUGAAGAUAAUGUGAUUUCCUACCAAAUGAGCAAAAGAACGUAUAUCUUGUGCAUGUUCUCUAUAACACAUAUUUGAACUUAUAAGAUCAUCGAAAAUCAAUUGAAAAAAUGCAUGCGAAUUAAGUAGUCACUUUUUACCGAGUGUGGUUUCUGUAUGAGGUCAAAAAGAAGUGUAUUGAAAAGCCGACAUCAUGGCGAGUCCGAAAUUUUAUUGGGUUAUGCUGCAUGAUAAUCAGUAUAACAACCUCACGCAAGCAAUUCUUCCUAAUCGGGAACACAUUCCAGAAUUUUGGCCAACAUUUCAUGAGAUCGGUCACGCACUGUAGCAUAGCUGCCUGACGUGGUAGGGUCUGACUGCACCAACUACCUUACUAACAGCAAUAACCCACAUCACCUGUUGUGUUUUAGACUCCGUCUGGUGACACAGACGCCGCCGCCGAGGAGGUGGAGAGGAAGUGGCGUAUGGCCACAUUAGACUUCAUCCUGCGCCAUCUCCGGGAGGUCACGGCUCUUCAGACACACAACCAUAUGUCCCCACGAGCACUCUCCCUGUGUUUCGCUCCCUCCCUCUUUGGUUGUCCGAAGAGAUGCCGAACAAAGAGCCUGGUACAUUUUGCCGAUUUAUUAUCUCGAAUCCUGCGCCUUAAAUGUCAUCCUUGAGCACUCACGUCGUCGUGUUUUUACUAGAUGUUGGAGCUCAUGAUCGAGCACUGGCCCUGGUUGACGGAAGGCCUGGAACGUGGUAGUCAGGGGGAAUCUUCGGAGCAGGGGUCUCGGAACUUUGUGGAGGCUCGACGUUAUGCCUAUCAGUACGUCAAGUAG